ACGUGGCCGAAUCGUCCCCGAGAGGAGAACUUCCGUUGUUACUUUUUCUCGAUGCUUUCACUUUCUUUCAACUACCACCCCCUCCCUUCGCCGAUUUUCUCGGGAAAAAAAGAAACAAAAGAAAACUUGGCUGCUGGAAUUUUCUCGCCCCCUGGUUUCUGUCUCGGCUCGCAUUUGCAAUUUCACAAGCCACCAUUGUCGCCGAAUCUCGUCUCUCCCGUUCCGGCGUGGGAUCGUGUGGAUUUAGCUCGGCAGUGGUUUUUCGGGGGCUGAGCUUUUGCUAUUUCUGAGCAUAGGGAAGCUCGUUCCUAGUCCAGAUUGUAGUGAUUCUGCGAUUACCUGGUUGUCUUUGUCGUUGUUGCUUCAAAUAUAAAGGCUAAUUUGGUUGGACUCGUCAACUGAUCGAAGCAAAACUCGAAUCGUCCUCUUCUGUGUUGUAUAUCUAUCGAUCCCUCUCUCUCUAUCUCUCUUAUACAUUUUCCGAGAGAUAAAUUCCCAGUCUUGCUUUCAAAUUCGAGUGAAUUUGUCGAUUUUCCAAGCACUUUUAUUGGGCUUGGAUUGAAACUUUUGGGGGUUUUGCUUGUACCAGUAACGCGAGUGUAAGAAGCACGUUCUUUUUGUCAGCUCGUGAAGUUUCUGUGGUUGUUGUGGAGAGUUUCGUGAAUUGUUAGUGUAAUUAUCGUCGUCCCGAGCUCAGCUCCGUUCGGUGGCUCGUUUUUUGUUGUCGCCAGAAGCGUUGGGCCGUUCCAAGUGGUUUUAUCGCGAAAGUCUAUUUGUUCUUGAUUAGAUAGACAUAGGAGUUGCAGCGAAAUGACGAUCGGGUCUAUGCCGGGUAGCUCUGGAUACUUGAACUUGUAUCCAGAGCGGAAAAUUUCGUAUUUCAGUAAUCCAUACGUGCUUGGAUUGACUGUGACUGCUGGGAUAGGCGGACUACUCUUUGGCUACGACACAGGUGUCAUAUCUGGCGCGCUCCUGUAUAUUGAAGAUGAUUUUGAGGCUGUCAAGGAGAGUAGCUUUCUGCAGGAAACUAUUGUCAGCAUGGCCUUGGUUGGUGCAAUGAUUGGAGCUGCUUCAGGGGGUUGGAUUAAUGAUUCUUAUGGACGUAAAAAAGCUACCCUUUUAGCUGAUGUUGUUUUUGCAGUUGGAGCAGUAGUAAUGGCCGCUGCACCUGAUCCUUAUGUCCUCAUUGUUGGUCGGCUUCUAGUUGGACUUGGUGUUGGUGUUGCAUCUGUUACUGCUCCUGUAUAUAUCGCAGAAGCUUCGCCAUCGGAAAUAAGGGGAGGCCUUGUUAGCACUAACGUGCUUAUGAUAACUGGUGGACAGUUUCUCUCAUACCUUAUAAAUCUUGCAUUCACAGAGUUUUGGUAUCAGCCAUGCGGUUUCUGGGCCUUCAUGGAAACAUCCUUUGUUCUGACAAUGGUCCCAGGAACAUGGCGUUGGAUGCUGGGAGUGUCUGGUGUGCCAGCAGUCAUUCAGUUCUCUCUAAUGCUCUUUCUACCGGAGUCACCUCGAUGGCUUUUUAUAAAGGAUGAUAAAACUAAAGCUAUUGCUGUGCUUUCUAAGAUUUAUUCUCCUGAUCGGUUGGAAGAUGAGAUUGAUAGUCUUUCUGCCGCUUCAGAGGAAGAAUGCCGGAGAAAGAAUAAUGUCAGAUAUCGGGAUGUUUUUAAGUCAAAGGAGAUUAGACUUGCAUUGUUGGCUGGUGCUGGGCUUCAGGCAUUUCAGCAGUUCACCGGUAUCAAUACGGUGAUGUACUACAGCCCAACUAUAGUCCAGAUGGCUGGUUUCUCUUCCAACCAGCAGGCACUUCUCUUAUCCAUGAUCGUUGCUGCUGUGAAUGCUGCAGGGACCAUCGUUGGAAUUUACUUAAUUGACCAUGUUGGUCGGAAAAAACUGGCCCUUGCAAGUUUAUCCGGUGUAUUGGCAUCCUUGGCAAUUCUUUCUGGUGCAUUCUUUGCAGAAUCCUCUGAUUCCACAAAUGGGGUAUAUGGGUGGCUUGCAAUCAUCGGUUUGGCCCUCUACAUCGCUUGCUUCUCACCUGGGAUGGGACCUGUACCAUGGACAGUAAACUCGGAGAUAUACCCCGAAGCAUAUCGUGGAAUAUGUGGAGGCAUGUCGGCCACCGUCAAUUGGAUUUCGAAUUUGAUUGUGGCACAGACAUUUCUUAGCAUCGCUGACGCUGUGGGGACUGGUGCGACGUUCUUGAUUCUCGCGUGUGUAGCCGUGUUGGCAAUUGUGUUUGUGGGUAUCUUUGUGCCAGAGACGAAGGGGUUGACUUUUGAAGAGGUGGAGAAGAUAUGGAAAGAGAGAGCUUGGGGAAGUAGCGAAGGCAAAGAGAGUACAGAAGGCCUCCUUGAAGAUGAAGCCUGAGUGGUAUGAGCCCUUGUUUAUCUGUUAUAUAUAUAGUACGUACUGCAUUAGAAUGAAGCAUCCAGCGGAUUCGCCCCUAUGCCUAUGGAGUAUGACACCUGUUAAGGGGUCCGUUGGCCAUGGACAGUUUGCAAUUUAAGGAAAUAAAUGUGUAUAUUGGAUUUGGCAUUUGCUCUAAAAUGCCAAGGUGCCAACUACGAGUUUCUUUACUCUAUUUGCUGGUUUAAAUCAUGUUGUCUGAUUGGUUAGUC